GUUCCGCCCACACCUACCGACCCGACCACUCCCACCACAGCGCCGCCUAAUUUCCAACAUUGGCCACAACGAGCCGGCGAUAAGAGGUCCCUAUCGAUGGACGACGCCAUGAGUGGUCAGCCGCCGCACAAGAAGUUUGUGCUGAACGGACCCUUCGAUCUGGAAGUGUUCACCAAUUGUGUCAUUUGGGAAAGACAUCCAUUGCUUCAGUUCCACUCACACCCAGAAGUGGAGUCAUUGCGGGCUGCGUUGGUGUUGAAGUUGAGACAACAGUACCACGAAAUGUGUCACUCGCGAGAGAACAUCGAAGCGCCCAAAGAGUCGUUCAAUCGGUGGUUAAUGGAGAGGAAAGUGGUGGACAAGGGGUGCGAUCCGAUGGUGCCGUCGGAGUGCUUCUCCGAGAUCUCCCUUUCGAUGUACAACGAGAUAAUGAACGACAUUCCCAUAAAACUGGUUAAACCCAAGUUUUCUGGCGAAGCGCGCAAACAGCUGUCGAAGUACGCGGAGGCGGCGAAGAAGAUGAUUGAGUCGAGGAAUGCCUCGUCUGAGAGCCGCAAGAUUGUCAAAUGGAAUGUCGAGGACGCCUUCCAGUGGAUCCGCAAGACAUUGAACGCCACCUUCGAGGACUACCAGCAGAGACUGUCUCAUCUCAAACAGCAAUGUCAGCCACACAUCACCGAAGCGGCCAAAGGCUCCGUUGAAGCCAUUUGUAGUAAAAUAUAUCACUUGUCGUGCGAAUACGCGAAGAAAAUUCAUCAAAAGAACAUUGAGAUCAUUACCGCCGAUGGACUCAAAGAGAGCUGUCCCUUAAGGGUACAGAACCCCAAAAAGGUGUAUUGCUAUCCCUGUGUGUUGGCACAUCCCUGUCCUAAACAGCCAGCCGUUCAUAUAUUCACCGAUAAGGACACAACACAUUUGAGAUAUAAAAACGAUUCGUUGCGAAUCAGUACCCUUUACUUCCAGAAGUUGGAACAACUCUAUCGAUACAAUUGUUUCGAUGACCGCAAGUUUAAUCUAUUCCUCACCAGAGUUUGGUCUCUACUCAAGAGAUAUCAAACGUGGUUUGGCAGCAAUGAGAGUUCGCCCACUCAGGGAGCACUACCCCUCUCUGUGUUCUCGGUUCUGCACAAACACUUCGGGAUUAAAAAACUUGAAGACAAUGUAAUUAAUGAAAUCAGUUUUUACGGCGAAUCCACUCGAAAAGCAAAAGAAGAGCUGAAAACGAAUUCCAUCGCCAGAAACAAACAGUUAUCGGACCUAAAAGAAGCCAAACUCGUCAGGAGUUCCAGCUUUAAUGAAGUGUCCAAUGUGUUCACGACAUAUGAACUCCAUCUUCAAAAGUUUGAAUACAAAAAGAUUUGCGAUCUCAAGAAAUCCACCAUGAAAUUUUUCUUGGAAUUCAUAAAAAGUGAACUUUUAUUUCACGCCAAGACUAUUGAGAUGUUGACUGAAAGCUAUGGCCAUAUCAUGAACAUCGACGCCGACAGAGAUUUGCAGCAAUUCUGCAAUUAUUUCAGUUUCACUCAAUUGGGUUCACCUAAAAGGGAUGACUCCAAGACCACAGUCGGUGACAAUAUGCAAACACAUCCGACGUUAAGACGAUUCAAUUCGGCGCCGAAUUUCAAUUCAAGUACUAAUCCAACAAAUAAUGAUUCUUAUGAUAUGAACACUGACUCGAAAUCUAUUGAAUCGAUUGUCGAGCACUCGGAAAGUGAUAGCGAAUUAGAUGUGGAAACAAAUCCCAAUCUCUUGGAUCGUCUCAAACCAGUGGACAGAGAGAACUCGGAGUCGGUAUCCGUUUCGCUGUCAUUGUCGUCCGCGUAA